GGCCAAUUAGGGGCAGCGUCCGGCCUCACCCCGGGGCGCAGCGAUCGCAGCGGUCGUCGCAUCAGUUCGUCGCAUCGAUAGCGUGCACAUGCAAGCGACGCGAGGGGCAGCCCGACAGUGAUGGUCUCAAGCAAGCAGGCCCUAGCUGAGGCGCACGCCGCCGCCGCGCGGCGCGCCGCCCGGGCGCGCGUCGCGGCGCUGAAGGCCGGGACUAGUGCCAAGCCGGUGGUCGACGCGACCUGGGCAAAGCUGAUGCAGGGCUGUGCGGACUGUCAACAGCGCGCGGAGGCGGCCGAGACCCUGGAGACCUGGCGCGCCUUCGCGGCGGCAGCGCACGCGUUGCGGGACGCCGUCGGCAUUGAGGGAGACAAGUGCGAGGAGCCGGGGUGCAAGACGUGCCAGCCGACUCCAUUUCUUUUUGUCCCGAAGGGAGUCGUGAUGCCCCCAGCCCCACCAAAAGACGAGCCCACGCCGGAAGAGCGCAGGAACGCCCAGGCCUUCGCGAAGAAGGCGACGUGCGACGCUGGAAUUGGGCUCGGGGGUCUAUUGCUGAAGCGCGGGCGGCGAGGGGAAGCUUGUGACGCGUUGGCCACCGCUCUCAAGGCCGACGAGUCGAACGGCGAGGCCUGGACCUUACGGGCGGCGGCCUUCGCAGAGAUGGGUGAGGACGGCUCUAUAUUGGAAAUUGUCGAGCUUCAUUUACGGAAGGCCGCGCAGCUCUCGCCGGACGACGACGAGCUUCAAGCACAGCACGCCGUCGCGGCGUGUCGGGCGGCGGUCGUCAUGGAGGCGACUGACCCGCCUCGCGUGGAGGGGACGCUCGCCGAGCGCGCGCGACAAGCGUCGACGCUCCUCGAGGACGGUGCCACACUCAUGAGAGAAGGCCUCUACAAAACCGCACAUAGCCGGUAUCUGCGCGCGGUCGACCUGCUCGACGCGCUGCCGGGUCCCAAGGCGAAGGCCGCGGCCGACGAGGCGCGGCUCAACGCCGCGGGGUGUCUGUUGCAAUUGCCGGGCGACCACGACGUCGCGAGUUUAUGUGAUGCGCUACCGUCGACGCGGGCCCUACUACGGCGCGCGGCGGCGCGCGAGCGACGUGGGGACUACGCGGCGGCGCUCGCCGACCUGCGCGAGGCGCGCCUGUCAUCCGUCGACCGGGCACUCGUCGACGCGCGGAUCGCGCACUGCGAGCAUUUGCGGGAUACGCGUGGGGUGGUCGUGUAAUGUGAACAUAG